GCAUUUUAGCCGAUUUCACGUCGUCGAGAGUGUGCAGCGGUUGCGUGUGAGUCGAAAACGUUUGGCGCGCAUUUUCCGAUAGUCUAGUGAGAAGUGAAGUUGGGUGUGUGUGACGCGAUGGCUAGCGAAGCGGAAAGGCUGAUCGGCAUCUCGCUGACGAAGAUUGCGCAAAGCAGAUCCUACCGUGGCGGCGUCAGCCUGCACAAGAACCUACUUGUUGCCACGGUGCUGCAGAAGGCUCGCUACAUCUUCAUGGAGGAGGCGUACAAUAUGGUGCACUUCCAGGCGCCGGUGCAACCCCGCGUCGCUCCUCAGGACGAUCUAGUGGGCUUGACAGCCGAAGAGGCCGGCCUGGAGCCGUCUGGCGCCCAGGAAGAGGUGGAGGAGAGUUCGGCGAGUGAGUUUCUGGAGCAGAGUUGUGCCAAGUGCGCGGAGAACCAGGAUAAGGAAAACCAUCCGCCAUUCAACCCCGAAUUGACGUACUUAGACCUGGAUAGGAGCUCGAACGUGUUGAGGGAACGCAGCAAGUCGCCUUGUUUGAAGAGACGGCGGGCUGUGGCGGAGUGGGAGACAGAAGAAGCGGUGCAAUCUAUUUUACCCAAGAGGAGCAAGCAGGAGGACGAGGGGGAUGAUUCUGUGUUCCUGGACGACGCUACUCUGCUGAGCGACGCUGUGAGCAAAGAAGUAGAGGAUGCCAGCCAGGCUGAGAGCAAGGAGAGGCAGCAGCAGCAGCAGGAUGGACAAGCGGCGAUGGAGAUAGACCGCAUUACCUCCCUGGUGUCUAUCUUCAGCUUCAGCAUGGGCGAUGGCAAGCUCAACAGGUCCAUGUCUACGCCUGAUCUGUGUUCCGCCCAAGCGAAAGAGUGCCCUGACAGCUUACAGCAAAGACAAUUCAUAGCGAUGACCGUGUAACUUGUUGUGUGGAUGUUGAUUAGGAAAAUAGUUUCUAUGCCUGCCAGACUUCCGAAACAGCACAAAAAUAUUACAGAUGUUUCCUUUGUUGAACGAUCUCUAUUCCUUUAAUUCUUAUAAACAACGAAGUUCCGUCAGUAUUUUCUUUGCAGAAGUUUUUUAACUCAAAAUUUCUCGUGCUACAAUUAUUUGUGAUAGCUGCCUAAUUUAUUUAUUUUUUGAAAUUGUUUUGUGAAGGAAAUUACUUGAAUUCAAGCGGUGUUAUGAACGCCGAGACCACUGUGAUAGUGAGAUGUUAACUAAUUGUAUUUUUGUAAAGAGCAUGGAUUAGGGCCGACCCUGGGUAUUUAAAAUUUGUAUCGGGUGGACAUCUGCCGUUUUUUUAAUACAUUCCAUUUCUAACAGACCGGAUGUGGAGGUAGAUCGGUUUCUACCUGAGUGGCGAGGGUUUAGGGAGAUUGUUUUGGUGACUAACCGAGACCGUUUUUAAAUAUACAGGGCUAUGAAAAUAUGAAAAUUUGUAUAUAGUUAUAAAUUGAAUUUUAUUGCUCUGUUUUAAGAGUGUCCUAUUUUAUUCUUGUACAUAUGACAUAAUCAUACUAUAUUGUGUAUUUAAAUAAAUUUUUUUCAGAAAGUU